AUGGGAAGUCCUGUUUAUGGGCUAAAGUUCUCCAAAAUAAAUACCUGUAUUUACAGGGACUCCCUACUCAACUAUUCUAGUAAGAGAAAAGCUUCUCUCACUUGGAGGGGUAUUCUUAAAACCCGUGACAUUCUCGUCAAGGGUAGGAAAUGGUGUAUUGGCAAUGGUUCUAAUGUAUCCAUAUGGUAUGAUUGGUGGUGUGGGGAGUGCAGUUUGGCCUCCUUAUUUCCUAUUUCUCACCUCAUUAGCUCAGAAAAAGUGGAUACUCUCUUGGAUGAGGAGGGUAGGUGGGAUGUGGGUGUUAUAUCUGUUAAGUUGCCUAGGGAAGCUUGGGAUCUUGUUUUGAAGGUUCAGCUUCCUAGGUUUGUAACUUAUCCAGAUAUGCCACAUUGGAAGGGCUCGAGAUGUGGUGCUUUCACUACUGCAUCGGCUUUUGAGUUGGUGACUGAUAAGGGAGUUGAUUCUGGGAAUUGGCUCUGGUUAUGGAAAUUGAAAAUCCCACAAAUUCUCAAAGGCUUUGUUUUGCUGGCACUGCACCAGAAGUUGCUAACCAACAGCCUAAGAGUUACUAGAGGAAUGUCAAAUUCGGCUUUAUGUAAUAAUUGUGGUGACCAGCAUAGUAUCUACAUCAUACAUAGAUAUGCAACUGAUAUUAAAGAUGCUUUUAAUAUAUCUAUUGUGAACAGUUUGGAUGAUGAGCUAACUAGUUGGUCUCUUCCUCUUCCAGGUAAAUUGAAGAUGAACACGGAUGGAAGCUCAAAGGGAGAUCCAGGCAAUGGUGGCUUUGGGGGGCUAAUCCGGGAUGAGAAAGGCAUUUGGCUUUGUGGGUAUUUCGGUUACUUCCCCAUUAAGAAGUCUAGUGGAGGAUUCCAAGUUUCUCAUCUAAGAUAUGGGUUUUCGAUUCAACAUGUCAAAAGGGAGGGCAACAAGAGUGCUGAUGGUCUUGCAAAAAUGGGGGCUAAUCAAAAUGAGAUGUUGGUUGUUAUGGAUGACCCUCCAAAAGAAAUUCGAGGUCAACUAGUGGCGGAUAUGGUUGGUCAGAGUUAUCUCAGACCUUGUUCUGGGGGCUCUUAG